GGGAUGUGCAAUGAAGAACAAAGUUGCAGGGGAGGGGAAUAUUUAAACCAUCUCCAUAUUUCCCAGUCAUUCUGGGUGUUUGGAUUUUGCCUGGGCUUGUCAGCUAGAUCAUAAACAAGCCAACCCAGCUCCUGAACUCUCAAUGAAACACUUCCACAGAAAGACAAGCUAGUAAUGAUUCCGAAGGAAAAAUUGUAAAUGAAGGCUAAUGAUUGCUGGGGAAUUUCCUUAGGAACUUCCUUAGGAAUGAUGAACCUCACACACAGAGUUUUGGAGGUAGAAUCCCAAUUUCAGCCCUGGGCACCUGCAGGAGAAGAGGGAUCCUUAUCCAUAACAAGGAAAGUCUGGUGCCCCAGUGUGUCAAGUGCUGACAGUGAACUGUCCAGGGAAGGAGCAGCAAGUCCCCCCUGCCCUCACACUCAGAGUGGCAGCAGCCCCAGUGAGAGCUGUGAGGAUGAUGAAGGCUCAGAGCAGCCCCAACAGUGAUGGUGAUGAGGGGGCGGCUCCUGCUGAAGCUGCUUUAAGAGGGGUUUCCCUCAGCUUAGUUUGGCAUGGAGCUGCUGGAAGAGAGAGGCUUAUGGUGGGCUCCCGGGGGUGUCUCAUGGAGUGAUGGUGAGAGCCUCUCACUGGGUCUGGGGGAGCAGCUGAUUGCACUUGGGUGUGGGGCAUUGCUUGAAGGAGGUGCUGGGGGCAAACCUUUGUGCUAGACGGGGCAGCAGCAGCUGAGCCAGAGUGGGUUUGCGAUGAGAGGGGGAUCUUCUCAUUUUCAAUUUCAUGUUGCCAAUCCCUUUCUGGUGUCCCCAGAAAAAAAUGGGGGCUUAUGAGAACCAAAGGAGUUUAAACGGAGAGAUGAAACUCCUCUUCUGGUAUUGUGUGUUUAAACUGGGGGGCAACCCCACUCACCUGGGAUCUUAAGGGUAUUGAUUGAAGGAAAACUUGGCUUAUCCAGGGUGUUAAGGGUAUCAGUUGACAGGGAAUCCCUGUGUCCUAUUUUAAAUAGAAGCGGAAAACUAUUGUUGCUGUAUUCGGGGUUUGAACUGAGGGUAAACACACACACACACCCCCACCGUUUUUAUCAUGUUAAGGUUUAAAGUGGCUGCGAAGCCCCGUUGUUGCUCUUUUUAAAGGGUUUGAAUUGAGGCAAAAAUCUCCCUUUUCCCAUCACUGGAGAGAUUUAAUGUGAGGAAACAAGCUCCUUUUCUGUUCUUGUCGGGGAUUAAAUUGAGGAGGAUAAUACAUUUAUUGGCCGUGGUAUUGGUUUAGGGUGAGGUGAGCGCUCUCUGUUGCCUCAGUUUUAGGGCUUAAACUGAAGAAAAGCUCAGCUUUGGCAGCAUUUGAAGGGUUUAAAUCGGGCUGUGCUGCUGCGUUUGAGGCGCCUCUGCCCCGGCCCCGAACGCCUCGCGGGGAGCGCUCCCAGCACAUUCAUUCCCUGGAAUUGCCCAGCUGGAACGGGAAUGUCGCGUUGUGUAUGUGGGUUUUAUACAAUAUUACAUUCUUUGGUGCUAUAUGGGGUUUUGAUUUAUUUCUUGGUAUUUAUUUUGUGUCAUUUGGGUUUGGAGUGUAGAUAACUUAAUGGAUGGAUGUGUUUGUAUUUGAGGUAGAAUUAAUUUAAAUAGCUUUUUAAAAUAAACCUCUGAAACGUAUUAUUGGGGUUUUGUUUUUGUUUAUUGUAUGUAAGGGUUCAGAUUGGUAAGGCCAGCUUGCCUGGUGGAGCUUUGGGUGUUUUGUUACAUGCCGUUUUUCAUUUCAAAAAGUUUCUUUUUAGUGAUUUUAAGCUGGUUUUUAAUAAUUUAUUUUGUAGUUUUUACUCUGUUUGGACAUGAGAUUUGACAAGGGAUGUGGUCUAUUGAUUUCAUGUUAUGCUUCUUAAUGGAGGUGUUGAUCAGGUUGUGUUUGAUUGGAGUUUUGUUGAUUUUUUUUUUUUUGGUGGGCUGUUCUGUAUUUCAAAGAAAUGUUUUCUAAGAUUUACAUUGGUGUCAUGGGCUGUAGCCUGAGGUAUAGGGCAGGUUUUUAUUGAUUUCGUGGUGCUUGUGGCUUUUAUUAUGGUGAGUAGGUAGUGCUGGUUUUGGUGGGUCUCAGGUAGUGAGAUGUAGUUCAUUUGUUAGGGUAUAUUAAUAUUUGAAUUGGAUUUUGAUUUCUUGGAUUAUUAGGGCUUUAUUUCUUUGGCUUGUUUGAUUGCAGUAUGUUCUAUAGUUGCAGCUAAUGUGGGAGGUAUUGUUUAUGGUUCAACUGAUCUUUUUGUUUUGUGUGUAUUAAGAGGUGGCAUUUUUGUUUGGAUGGUUUGAGGCAUUAUGGGGUUAUUGCGUUAGGAAAUUUUUUUGGUGUUGUUAAUUUAAGUUUAAUUGUGAUAUUUUUAUUUUUGUAGUUUGAUUUGUUUGUUGUUUUGGUGGUUUAUAUUACUUUUAUUUUUGGGAACGUGGGUAUUGAUGGAUUUUUAGGUAUUUUUUGGAGGGUAGUGAUGCAUCUUUUUUAGUAGUCCAGAUUUUUUCAUGUUGUUCAUUAGUUUGGCUAAUUUUAUAGAGUAUUGGUUAUUAUUUUUUCAGUAAGUGUAGGGAUAGAGGGGUUUUUUAGUCACGUUUAGACACUUGACUCCCGUUGUUUUUCCUCUUGCAGGCAGCUGGCAAAAGAGGAGAGAGAGCCCCUGCGAGGCAGAGCCCCUGGAAGGCCCUGUCCCGGUCCGAGGUUCCCACUUUUCUCUCCGACUCCCAGGGAAUUGCUGGAGCAGAACCAGAGAGUGUCCAUUUCAUUUCCUGCCUUUUCCAAUAAACGGUGACUUUCAGCUGGAGUGUGUUCCUGGUGUCAUCCUCCUCCUCCUCCUGCUCCCUGUAUUUGUAAAUAAAUGUCCUGAUUUUGGCCAAGUGGAAUUUUGUUGUUCCAGGGAUUGUGGGAAAUUUUUCCCUUCUGAUUUUUCCUUUUUAACUUUUCCUUUUUAACUUUUCCUUUUUAACUUUUCCUUUCUAUUUUCUCCCCCUCUCUAUUUUUCCCCUCUCUAUUUUUCCCCUCUCUAUUUUUCCCCUCUCUUUUUUCCCCCUCUAUCCUUUUUUCCCCCUCUCUCUUUUUUCCCCCUCUCUCUUUUUUUCCCCUCUCUAAUUUUUCCCCUCUCUAAUUCUAUUUUUUCCUGUGUUUUACUUGAAAUUUUAUUUCAAUUUUUUUUUCUCUUCUCUCUACUCCUUUAUAGCCCGAAUAUGUGGAAGUUUGGCUGGUGGGAACAGAGGAGGUGACAAAUGAAAUCUAUGUCCACUGCACGUCUGGAUAGAAUUGAGAGUGCAGCUAGAGAAACCUCUGUAUUUUCUGCUAAAUUAGAAAUCCUGAACAGAGAAAGCUCUAAAGACCAAGGGGCCUUCUUUUUUCUUUUUCCUUUUUACCCCUAACAAUUCUCAUUGUAGCCAUUUACAGGAUCAGGAACAUUACCUUGAAGUCGAGGUGUAUUUCACAGGUAGCGAGAAAACAAAGUAGACUUGAUUUUGUAACUCUCAUUGUUUAGUAACAAAGAAAUCCAAAACAAAACAAACAACAUUAAAAAAAAAAAUCCACCAACCCCACAAAAGAACAGAGAAAGAGAAAUUAUACCAAUAUUAUUUUAAUUUAAAACCACUUUCCCCCUUAGAAAACCAGGCUAAUGUAAUUCUGCUUAACUGGGGUGCUGUCGUGUUUAGGUUACUGAAUUAAUAGAGUUUAAAACACACAGAAAUAGACACGAAUUUUAAAAACUAAGUACAAAAAUAUGAAUAUAUAUAAUAAAAACAGAAAUAUGAAAAAUAAUAUCAUAAGUAAAUACAAUCUAUAAUAUUUCUCAUUACUUAUAUUAUAUACAGUAGUCUAUAUAUUAUAUCCAUAGAUAUGACUAGAAAAAAGACAUGGUAAUGAUCAAUAUUAAAAUAAGAAAUGUAAAGAAAUAAUGGAAUAGAGCUUAAAACAGAGGGGUUUUUUUGGUUUGAAUUUGCUUGGUGGCAGGGAUUCUCUUUUAAGCGGCGGCCGGGUGUCUUUCGGGGCGUUUCUUUUAGGGGGUUUCUGUGCACGUUCUCUUUGGGGGGUCCCUUUCUGCGUGUCCCCGACGCGCGGGGAGCCCCGGGCCGGGCCGCGGUGCUGCCGCCCUGUGGACACAGCGCGGUACUGCAGCUCUGCCCCGUGCCCGGCCCCAAGGGGCCCCGGGCUGGAAGCUGGUUCUUAGUGCCCGAGUGCAGUCACUGCCCGGGAGCUCCUGUUCGAUUCCGCGCUCCCGGCCGUGUCCGUGCGAUGGCCGGGCCGCCCGCGGGACUCGGCAGCAGGAAAACACCGAGCCCUGCGUGUUUAAAGGGAGCCGGCCCCGCUUGCCCGUGCGGCGCCUCGGCCCGGCCCGCGCCGCCCUCAGGGAGCCGAGCGGAGCUGCGGGAGCGCGGGGAGCGGCACCGAGUGCGGUUCGACCGUGCCGAGCUGUCCCGAAGAGCGGAAUCUAAGCGACUGCAUAGCCGAGCUGUGCCGGUUAGAUCCGAGUGUAGCCGAAGAGCCGAAAACACCCGAGGAGCUCCGAACAGCCGAAAAGAGCCGAGCAUUGCCGAGAUCGGCCGAGUUAAGCUGAACGGCCGAAAAUGGCCGAGUGCAACCGAUAACAGCCGAACCCAACCGCGUUUAGCCGACUGGAAUGGAGUCGAACCGAACAAGCCCCGCCGAACCUCGCCGAGUUCGCCCGGUUUGGACCCUAUAGCCGCGGCCGAACCAAGGCUCUGCUGCAGGUGUAUUCGACACAUCUUUCCUCUUUGUUUGACAGAAGGAAGAGGGAAAAAAAAAAAAAAAAAAAAAAAAGAGGAAGAAAAAACGGGAGCAGUUCCGGGGCGGUCCCGGGGCGGUCCCGGGGCGGUGUCCGCCGUCACUGCCGCCUUCUCGGCGGGCGAUUCCAAGGCGCUGUCGGGCUCGCUGCCGGCCCGUCGGCGGGCGGGCGGCCGGGACGCGAUGGCGCUGUGCCCGGAGCUGGAGCGCUCGCUGUCGCUGCUGCAGCCGGGCGCCGGCCGGGCCCGGCAGCAGCAGGAGCGGCGGGCGGACGCGGCCCCCACGCCCAUGGUGUUCAUGUGCGCCGGCUGCAGGCGCCCCCUGGGCGACACCCGCACCUGGGGUUCAGUGUCGAGGACAGCGGUCCCAUCCUGCUGCGCAGUGAGUACCAGCGCUGCCACCCCCGCGCCGCCGCGGUCGCUGCCGCCGUGCCUCCUUCCCUGCCUCCCGCCGCAGCUGCGGCCGCCAGCGUCGCCGCGGACCCGGGGCGGAAGGGCUCCGAGCUCCCCGGAGAGUGCGGAUGGUGAGGGCCGGGCCUGGCUGGACACAGUCCCGGGGGAGUCGGGGGUUCCCGGCGCUGGGGACCGGCAAAGGGCCCGGAGCGCUCGUGUGGCCCGAGAGCCCCUGGAGCACUUAUCUGGGGUGGGCUGUACAAGCCGCGUAUGGCCUAAGGGAGAGGGAUUUCUCACAAGGACAUGUAGUGAUGGACAAGGGAGGCAGCUUUAGAUUAAAUGUCGGGAAGAAAUUUUUCCCUGCGAGGGUGGUGAGGCCGUGGUACAGGUUCCCCAGAGAAGCUGUGGCUGCCCCUGUGUCCCUGGAAGUGCCCAAGGCCAGGUUGGACGGGGCUUGGAACACCCUGGGAUAGUGGAAGCUGUCCCUGCCCAGGGCCGGGGGUGGAAUGGGGUGAGCUUGAAGGCCCCUUCCACAAUUCAGCGAUUCUGAUGGUCUUGGUCUUGCUGAGGUUAGCCAGCCUGAGGAGCUGAUACAAAUUCAGGCUAAAAGAUGAGUGCUCAUCAUUUAUACUGUGUAAAGCAUGAAUGAAAGGUUAAAAAAGUUCUAAUGCAUGAUUUAAAUUUUUUUUUUAUUUUUAAGAAAAGGGAUGGGGAGAGGUGCCUUAUUUUCUUCUGAAUAAAUGUUAUUCCUUGCUUGCAGCAUGGUAGAAACCCUACUCUGCUCUGGCUGCUCCAGGACCCUUGGCAGCAGAUACAUGCACGCCUCAAGGCAUCUCGACUGCAAGAGGGAUUUGUUCUGUGUCCGUACUGACUCUGUUGAAAGAGUGGGAAGUGCUCUGUAAC